UGCCAAGCUUCCCAUGUCAAACUUUAGCUGAAGGUUGAAGCAUUUUCACCCAUGUUUUUACUGCUUAUAUAGUGUGCGUGAAAUAGUUUUCCAAAUCUUAAAAAAAAGAGUUGCUUCUUUUGGAUUAAAAAUCUCAAAAUCUUGAAUUAGUACAAAACCCACAAGAUUCUCAGCCUCCACCUUUUCAAGUGUCCAUUUCUGGCAUCCAUUUCUCACAGAGUCCAAGUCCUUUCCUUGUUGAAUUCUAUCCUUUUCAUUUUAUUUUCCCUUUCUGUCAUUUUCCCAACAAUUUCUGGAUUUUAUUCACAACAAUUUCCUCAAGCUCUUAUGGCUGGACAAUUAUUUCUAUUUGUUCUAUUUUUAACUAGUUCCACUGCUUUCACUCCUGAAGAUAACUUUCUCAUCAGCUGUGGAUCCGAUUCUAGCUCAGAGAUCGUUUACAACAGACACUUUAUUGGGGAUUCUUCAGACAAAGGUUCAUCUUUUCUGUCGGAAGGUAAAUCAUCUUCUCUCAAGAAUCCAAAUUCAGAUGUUAUUUACAGCACAGCUCGAGUUUUCACUUCUGCUUCGAGCUACACUUUCAAUAUCAAGAAACUUGGGACUCAUUUGGUGCGUCUGCAUUUCUCUCCUUUUACCUCUCGGAAUUAUAAUCUCAAAAAUGGGAAAUUUGGUGUUUCUGCCAAUGGGAUUUCGCUUUUAACCACUUUUAGUGCUAAUGUUACUGUUGUGAAAGAGUUCUUUGUCAUGGUAGAUAGAGAUGAGCUUGAGAUUGUGUUCACACCUGAUGAUGAUUCAGAUUUUGCAUUUGUAAGUGCAAUUGAGGUUUUCUCAGCACCCAAAGAUUUCUUCAUUGAUUCUGUUGAGAUAGCAUUGAUUAACCCUCAAGAGAUUAGUGAGUUUAAGCAGAAUAUCUCAAACCAAGUUUUGGAAACUGUUCAUAGAGUUAAUGUUGGAGGUUUGUUGCUAACACCUUUUAAUGAUACACUUUGGAGGACUUGGAUUCCUGAUGAGGAUUUUCUGGUGAUUAAAUCUGCUGCUAAGGUUGCUAGGACUAGUGAUCCUCCUAACUACCAGCAGGGCGGGGUGACUAGGGAGGUCGCCCCCGACAACGUGUACAUGACUGCACAACAGAUGAAUGUAUAUAAUGGGAGUUUGGUGAAUCAUUUCAACAUAACAUGGGAUUUCCCAGUGAGCUCAGAGGGCGCUAUGCAUUUGGUUCGUCUGCAUUUCUGUGAUAUCGUGAGCGUUUCCCUCAGCAUGUUGUACUUCAACAUAUAUAUUAAUGGCGUUACUGCAUACAAGGAUGUGGAUCUGUCUGUGCUUGCAUUUCAUAGGCUUGCAUCUCCUUACUACAUUGACUUUGUUGUGAAGAAUAUGGGGGGUUCUGGUGUUGUUCGGAUCAGUGUUGGCCCCUCAGAUUUGAGCAAUACCAUGAAGAAGAACGCCAUUCUCAACGGGGUGGAGAUCAUGAGAAUGGUGAAUUAUGUGUCUCCUUCGCCCCCAGAGUCCAAGAAUGGUGGCAAGUGGAUCGUGUUGGGCUGUGUCGUUGGUGGAGUUCUCGUGCUGAGUUUGGCAGUUGUAACGGUUGUAGCCAUAUUGAGAUGCAAGAUCAGGAAGCCCAAGACUAGGCGUGCGGAGAGCACAGUCUGGGCUUCUCUUCGUGUAUUUGGUGGUGGCAGCUCCCACGCCACAAUCUCUCAAGGCACGGCCCUGGCCUCUCCCGGCCCGUACGGAUACUAUGGUCUGAAGAUCCCAUUUGCCGAUCUACAGCUUGCUACCGAUAGUUUUGACAAGAAUUUGAUAGUUGGCUCGGGUGGUUUUGGCAUGGUCUAUAAAGGGGUGCUAAAAGACGACAUAAAAGUGGCUGUGAAGCGAGGCGUGCCCGGCUCUAGGCAGGGGCUCCCCGAGUUUCAAACUGAAAUUACUGUACUAUCCAAGAUUCGCCACCACCAUCUUGUCUCACUCGUAGGCUACUGUGAGGAACAAUCCGAGAUGAUACUUGUUUACGAGUACAUGGAGAAGGGGCCGUUGAGAAACCAUCUCUAUGGUAGCGACUCGCCACCUUUAUCUUGGAAGCAACGGCUUGAGAUAUGCAUUGGGGCUGCCAGAGGGCUUCAUUACCUUCACACCGGCUCAGCCCAAGGAAUCAUUCACCGUGACAUCAAAUCCACAAACAUUCUGCUAAAUGAAAACUGUGUAGCCAAGGUUGCAGAUUUUGGCCUUUCAAAGUCGGGGCCGUGCCUAGACGAGACUCAUGUCAGCACUGGCGUCAAAGGUAGCUUCGGCUACUUGGAUCCUGAAUAUUUCAGGAGACAGCAGCUCACUGAUAAAUCAGACGUCUACUCAUUCGGGGUUGUGCUCUUUGAGGUUCUUUGUGCUCGACCAGCAGUGGAUCCAUUACUAAACCGCGAGCAAGUAAACUUAGCUGAAUGGGCAAUGGAGUGGCACAAGAAGGGGAUGAUCAAUGAGAUCAUAGAUCCUAAUCUCGUGGGUCAGAUCAAGCCAAACUCCCUCAAGAAAUUUGGUGAAACGGCUGAGAAGUGUCUGGCUGAAUAUGGUGUGGAUAGGCCAACUAUGGGAGACGUGCUGUGGAAUCUGGAAUACGCGUAUCAGCUACAGACUAACGAGAGGCCAAGGGAAGAAGAGCAACGAGAAACAGAUGGUGAUGGUGAAGCACAUGUGGUUGUUCCAUUGAGGCGUGCAGACAUUGAUGGGGAUCGGGAUUAUGAUGGUGGUUCGGACAUUUCAACAAGCCGUGUUUUCUCCCAGCUCUUAACCAAUGAAGGUCGCUAGAUCACCAGAUAAAGUAACAAGUUGCACCGGUGCUCUAGGCAUAUACUACAUACAUACUUUUCCUUGGUUUGAUUGUUAGUAGAUAUGUACAUAUUUUUGAGCCAAUGUAACAUGUUGUACAAAGAAUUGCCUGUGGCUAUUUGAGUAUCUGAUAAAUGAUGCUUUAGCCUAUAGUCUGUCUAAUGCUUUGCUUACUUUUGAGCUUCCUUUUGAUUUGUGCAUACAAAGAAUGUGUGGAUAUAAUCAAAUUAGUAAAACUUUUAUCAUUAAUGGGCAAGUCCAAAUCUUAUGGAGUACUCCUUGUGAACAAAUUAUUGUACAAAUUGUAUCAUGUAUGGGCUUUUGAAUUGAAGAUGAGGGAGGUAAUACUCCAUGUCUACGACGUGACCAACAGCGACAGCGACAGCGCCCGCGACAAAACCAACAAAAGGGGCAGCCGAGCUCACUCCACAUGUAUAUGCUUAAAAUUAUUCAAAACAGAACCUAGUGCUCGCACCACAACUCGGCCAAUUCCCUCAGAUUUUUGUUGCUUCUUCAUCCUCUCAGCAUCCAGUUGAACAUAUACGCAUCAAUGUGCGCAUCGUCAGCUAUUUUAAGUGAUGAAACAGCCUAAGCAGCAAGAUGACCAGCAGAUAAACCCACGGAGCCCCAUCCUUGUUCAGAAAAAUAUUGAGGGUAGACGUCUCUUCCAAAGCAAUAGUCAGAUGAGACCAUCAGGUUAGAGUUGUACCAGUGACUCCACAUGUGCCCAUAUCUGUGAGCAUCAGAAACCAAUCCAAUAUUGUCAAGGGAACACUUGGGGAAAUCUUGGUAAGGAACCAAAGAGUGUCUCCCUACAAUGAUGUCCAUGCUGUCAGCAUGAUCCCACAAGGCCAGCAGCCCCUCAUUCUUCUCCAACAUUAGUUCACUUGAAUCGUCCGAGUCUUCGCCAAGUAGGACAUGCAGAGCAACAGCCUCUGCUAUGGCAGCACCUUCCUCAAGUCUUUCUUCUUCUUCUUCUUUCUUUUUCUGUUUCUUUUUUUCUAGCUCAGAACGGAUUGCGGCAGAAGUAGCCAAUGCCCUCCAAGCGUCUCUUUUUCUUCUCAGCCUGUUUAAUUCGAUCAAUCUCGUCUUUCACCUGCUUCUUCUUGCCUUUCCUUACACCAGCAGUGACUUUAGCACCUUCCAUGAUAUCCAAUUACACUCAACUCAAACCCUAUUGCUACACAGUCCUAACAACCUAAUUUCUUUCCAGAAUAUCCUCUUUGUUAUCCCUAGUAUACUUCCCUAUGGCAUAUACAUUACCAAAGCCAAUUUGUUUCAUUUCUUUUCGAAACGUGUUAUUGAGUACUUUAAUGAACUAAAAUUUAAAACUUGGAAACAAUAAAGCAGUAACUCUAUACAACUUACACCUACACCUACACCCACUCAGGUCUGAAUGAAAACUGGUAAGCAUUCAUUAAUCCUGUCUUCAUCAUUGUUCUCAACCUUUCACAACCCUUUGCCACCCACUAAAAGAACAGUUAAAAGAUACGAGA